AUAUAGGCCUUUAGGCUACAAUAGAAAAAUCCAAAAGAACACGCAAUAUGUCUGUCGAUGGAAAUGAAAUAAUAGACUCACAUAAUUUGGUUUGACAAACAGGAUAAUAUGUAUAUUUGAUCAUAAACCAGUUAGUACAGUACUACAAUGCACCUUGCCCAGGAAACUCCUGUGAAAGGUGUGAACCAAUUCCGACCAAGCAAAGCAAAAAACGGGGCGCGGCAGUCUAGACUAGAGAAGGUACGGUUUCACAACUUAACCCACAGCAUUGUUGGAAUUUGACGAUGCCCGUCCCUAUGUACCGGUUUUACACAAGAAUGUAGUUAACAUUUUUUCCUUCAACUGUCGGCCUUACUCUCACAUUGCAGCUUCACGAUGAUGCACUUCCUGCUGCUGUUAAGCCGGCAGGGGAAGUUGCGACUGCAAAAGUGGUUCACUCCGAUGACGGAGGGAGAGAAGAAGAAGGUGAUCAGAGAAAUGACUCUGAUGGUGCUGGCUCACCCUCCCCACUCCUGUAACUUCCUCCUCUGGAGGGAUCUCAAGAUUGUUUACAAAAGGUAUGCCAGUCUCUACUUCUGCUGUGGUCUGGAGGACCAGGACAAUGAACUGUUGACCCUGGAGGUGUUGCAACGAUAUGUCGAGCUGCUGGACAAAUACUUUGGAAACGUGUGUGAGCUGGACAUCAUCUUUAACUUUGAGAAGGCCUACUUCAUCCUGGAUGAGUUCCUGGUGGGAGGAGAGGUCCUGGAGACCUCCAAGACAGCUGUGGGCAUCGCUAUGGAGGAGGCAGAGACACUACAAGAGACAAUGGAGGAGUAUAUGAGUAAACCGACCUACUGAACCAAUAACAGGGACGUGAGUCGAAUCUUUAGACUGAAGAAUCCUUUUCUCAAUUGCCAUAAGUGCCACAACAUUUCAAAGAUUUAUUCAACUGUAAUACUCUUCCAUUCAGACAGAAUACAUAGUCUGUUUUAUAUAAGCACUUUCUAUUACUAUUAGUCUUUUUUUGUACUUUUUACUCCUUUUCUCCCCAAUUGGUAGUUCCAGUCUUGUCCCAUUGCUGCAACUCCCGUACGGACUCGGUCAAGAGCCAUGGGUUCUCUGAAACACGACCCCGCCAAGCUGCACUGCUUCUUGACACUACUCGCUUAACCCGGAAGCCAGCCGCACCAAUGUGUCGGAGGAAACAGUGUACAACUGGCGACUGUGUCAGCGUGCAUGCGCCCGGCCCGCCACAAGGAGUCGCUAGAGCGCGAUAGGACAAGGACUAGGCUGGCCAAACCCUCCCCUAACCCGGAUCACGCUGGGCCAAUUUUGCGCUGCCUCAUGGGUCUCCCAGUUGUGGCCGGCUGCAACACAGCCGGGAUUGAACCCGGGUCUUUAGUGAUGCCUCAAGCACUGCGAUGCAGUACCUUACCCUGCUGCACCACUCGGGAGGCACCUAUAAGCACUUUCUAAAAGAUGCAUUAGGAGUUUUAUCAUUUAAGAGUUCAUUUUAAAACACAGAGUUUAACUUUGAGAUUUAUUUUUAAAUGUGUUAUUAGUUCAUUAAAAUAAUUUUAUAAUGACAUUAUAUUUGAUAGGAUCACAUAUGUUUUACAGUAAUUGUAGCCUACUUUGCUUUAUCAGAUUUUUAAGCAAGUAUGUUAUUUUAGCAUGUUGCUGCUGCAUUUUCAAAUGUUUUAUUUCAGUUGUGAGUUGAUCCAAGGACUGUAACCACAACUUCUUACCACUUCAAAAGUCACAUUUAUUAUUUUAAUUCUAUGUUGGCUAACAGAGCCACUGCCUGCACAAACGUGAUAGUGCCUUAUUGUAAUGUUUUUCAGUUGGCAAGCUAGAGCCAGAGGGUUCUAAGAUUGAAGCUAAAGGUUGACAUUUUGGAAAGUGAUGCCUACUCACAGUGCCGUUAAAGUUGUACUGUCUGAAUAAAUAGUUUUGUUUCCAGAA